GCGUACAGGCUGAACCUGUUUGGGUCUCGUUACCAGUGGAUCGUUGUUGACGGAGGAACCGGCGGGUGGAAGCUGGGGGGGGGGGUCUCUGGCUGUACGACCACCAGCGUCCUGACGGCUGCAGACGGAUCCAUCAGGCUGCAGAUCAGACAGCUCAGCAGCAGCAACACACCCGGAGUCUCUGGACGGACGUCUCAGAACUACCGGGACGCCUACCUCCACCAGCUGAUCCAGGAGGGGUCACCGCUCAGCGCCCUCCAUGCCUUUGCCUACGACAGUGUGUGGGUGGCGGCCUCCGCCCUGGCUCAGGUGAUGGAGGCCGUGAAGCACAGAGAGAAGUUCAGCGCCCAGAGGAACGUGGCGGUCAGCGAGGACGAGGUGCAGAAGAUGCUGCUGGAGGCCGUGAAGAAAACACAGUUUGAAGGCGUCACGGGACCAGUUUUCUUCAGAAACGGAGAAAGACCGACGACCAUCGAACUGAUUCAGUUUCAAGGCAGCACUGGUGUGUUGGUGGGUGAGUUCAGUUCAGAAACACAACAGCUCCGACUGAGGAACCACCUUCUGAAGUUUCAAGGUCGAGGACCAGCCCGAGAUCAGACCCUGGUGCGUCCGCAGCGUCGUCACGUGAACCUUCUUCAGUACGGCAUCGUUUCCUCGGCUGCAGCUGUGACCAUCAUCAUCGCUCUGAUCGUCCUCUGCUUCAUCAUCAUCCACCGCAGACACUGGCUGCUGAGGUCGGGCAGCGUGUCCCAGGACGAGCUGCUCCUGCUGGGCGUCCUCCUCUCCUCCUCCUCAGUCCUGGUCUCCGGUCUGGACGGAGCCUCGGUGUCUGACGGGACGUUUGAGAUUCUUUGUUCUGCUGGGGCGUGGACUCUGUCUGUGGGUCACACCGUGUCCUCCUCUGUGCUCCUCAUCAAAACAUGGACUCUUUAUUCUCUCUGCACAAUCAAGCCGAAGCUGCAGAGUGGAAGCAGCCGCCCUCUGCUCUGGAUGCUCCUGAUGGACGUGUUGGUUUUAAGCUCCUGGCAGAUUCUGGACCCGCUCAGACGGGUGGUGCUGCAGCAUCACGCAGAGACGGACCCGUCGGACCAGGACGUCCUGGUUCAGCCGUUCUCUGAACGCUGCGGCUGCAUCCACAUGGAGCUGUGGCUAACUGCUGUGUGCGGCUACAGAGGCCCCCUGCUGGGUCUGGGAUGUUUCCUGGCCUGGAACAUCAGGUCGGUGCAGACGGACCGUCCUGCUGUCAGCGGUCGACGUCUGGCGCUGAGCGUGUUCGCAGUGACGGCGUUCAGUGUGUCAGGAGUGUCGGGGUCACUGCUCACGUCCCACAAUCCUCCUCUUCAGUUCUGUCUGAGCAGCGUCCUCAUCCUCUGCUGUAACAUCUGCAUCCUGAUUGGCCUGUUUGGACCGACGAUUUUACACGUGAGACUGAACGGCAGCGAACUGCAGCCGCCGUCAGAUCUGCAGGAUGAGGAGGCAGAGGAGGAAGACGAGGAGCAGCUGAGCAGGUUGAACCGACGGCUGAAGACUCGAACGUCACAGCUCGAUGCAGAAAUAGAAACCAUCACCAUGCAGCUGUCGUCAGAGUCCGAGAUCCUCCAUCAUGUGAUGAGAUCAAACAACGCUGAGCUCAGAUCUGUGAGCUGGAAUAAUGAAGCUCCUUCUGACGACAGAGACUCAGAGAAGAAACUGUCGAGUCCAGAGGACGUCAACGCUCCUGAACUCGUCCGGCGGCGUCUGUCCGUGCAGCUGCCGAUCCUCCAUCACUCCUACCUGCCUGUCAUCGGUGGCGUCCCCUCCAGCAGCUCCAGUCUGUUCGGCAGCAUGGAGGCCUUCGUUCACCACGACGCCAUCGUGACCACGAUGACAUCCUGCCCACCGGGCGGCACGCAGCAGUGACCUGAAGCUGCAGACUGAGAAUCAAGAACAAACAUCAAAUAUUCAUUAUUUUACAUGAAUAUGAUAAAAAGUCCACAUUUAUACAGUAUUUUAUACAUUUUGUCACCAUGGUAACGGCUCUAACAUUAACUGUUGCUAGUUUCGAAAUUUGGUUUGUAAGAAAAUUUUAAAUAAAGAAAUCUGUUGAACUCUGAUUCUGUGACAGAACCUUUCCAGCUGCUCUGUUUGUUCUUGCAACAUAUCGAAAUGGUGAAUUUCUAAAGUUGCGAAACCCGAGCUCUGACCCAGUGACCGGAUCCAACAGAGGACGACCCUGAACCUGUUGGACGAGUAAACUCCAAAUACUGCAAAAGUGGGAAACCACCAGAAGUGUUUACUGUCGGUGUGGAAACCACAGAUAAAUGUGUGCUAACAGGAGGACGACUCUAUAAAAUCUCUCAUCAGGGACGAAGAGGCAAAGUUCCUCCAUCAUGUUUUCCUUCAUGAAGCUUCUCUGCGUCCUGGCUCUGACUCUGCUGCCUGUUUCUGAGGCGUCUUGGGGUGAAGGAGACGCCACUUCUCACAGCUACGACCUGUCGGGCUCAGCCCUGACCAGGGUCUACAACUCCCCGGUGUACCUGGCUGAGAGGAUGAAGAGGCCGCUGGCUGGAUCCUCCAUCCGGCUGGGACCCAUCAGCCACUCUGGAGUCCGAGUGACGCUGCAGGACGGGGCCCAGUGGCUCAUCCAUAAAGGGGACGGAUACGGAAUAUCGUCUGAUACGGUCGUGACCGAUGCUGGACACAUGAGUUCAUCCUGGGAGGUCGUCGCACGUAAGAAUUUCGAAGGAUCAAAGACAGUUUCUGAUUUUGUGCGAACGGGCGGCAGCGACUACAGCCUGCUGUUUGACAACUGUCACCUGAGCUCCCGUCGGAUGAUGAACCAGAGACGCAGACGUUCAGGUCAACGUUUGUUCAACGUGAUGAAAUGAAUAAAGAAUAAAGCUGAUCUGAGACUCGUCCCUCUCACGGGAGCAUCA